UUUAAAACAGUUUUGUCAAAUGCAUUUGUCACUUAAUUUCGAUUGUAAUAUUAUGUAAAAUCCCAUUAAAUACGACCAUGAAAAUUGAAAAUGAAAUAGUAAAAUUAUCGACGCGAAUAGAGUUAUUAGAAAGUCAAAAUGCCCGUUUUAAGAACCUGCUAAAUUCGGCGUUGGACAUUUCCAAACCAGCGUUGGUAUCCAACGACCUCAAAUCAGAGGCGCGAUUCCUGGAGGAAACCAUAAAGAUUAUAGAAGAUGAGAAGGCGCAGCUGCAAGAGGACCUGCUGCACUUUAAAAAAUCGGAGAGCGACGGGUUGUUGGUGAUGAUAAAAGAGCUGGAAGCGGAGAAUUCGGAGCUGAAGAAGAAGGUCCAUCUGCUGCUAGACGAGGCCCGAAGGACCAGCAAAGACGUCUCGCAGUUGAAGAUGGAGCACGUAGAAUUCAAAUUCUUACUAACGCAGCCCGAGUCCAACGCGGAUUGGUUGAAAACCAUCCUAAAUCUGGAUAACUCGGUGGCUGAAAACGUGAACAGCUCCUUGAUGGAACAACGCUACAAGCUCCAACAUAGGAUUUUCACAUUAGAACGCAACAAAAUGGAACUACUCAACGCCUUAGAAGACAUACAAGAAAGCGACGCACCAUCAUCCAGACUAUCCCCCAAACACAAAAGGGAAGUGGAAAGGAUCGUCUACAGAGCAGUGGAAGUCGUAGCGAAGAAAGAAUACGAACACCUCUAUUCCAAAAUCUCCGAACUGGAGCAGGAGAGGUCCAAUCUGCUCAACGAACUGCAACAAGUUUUAGAACGAUCCAGGAAGCAAAUAGCCGACGAGUACAGGCAGUUGCAAAGGCAAAUCCUGGAAAUCGAACACGAAACGACCGAGAUCCAUUCGGUGAACACCGUCAGCAAUCAAGGCAACCACGACAGGAGACUCGAGUACCACUUGAUGAACGAAUUGAACGACGGGGAGUCGUUCACCGACAGCGACGGCACCGAAGAGGAGGUCGUCGAUAAGAUCCUGAACGCGUUCGUGAAUCCCCCGGCGCAGCCCAGCAUUCGCGAGGCCAUCAGAAGGGAGAACAGCUCCAGCUUCAGAUUGAUGUGGAGCAACUACGAUUACUGUAAUAUUUUGUAAGGGAAACUAGCAUUAAAUGAGAAAAGGGGAACUUGUAAACUGAAGUUUAUACUUCGUCGG